GUAUCCUUCUUCGCAUUCUCUUGCUCUCUCUCUGAGUGGCACCUCGUCAGCGCGGCGAAUCCCACUCCCUCUCCCCUUGCCGCCUCGGCCCGUCCGCCUUCUGCCUUCAUAGAUUGUUGAAGCUGUUCGUCUUCUUUUAAAUUCUCCUCCGUUCUAUUCGGUCUCUCUCUCUCUCGAUGGAUUAAUCAACAAUUUAAGAUGUAUUCUGCUUGUUCCUUCGACUUCAUCUCGUGAUUUUCCAUGGACGUCUUUCUGAGGACUUGAUUGCUUUUCAGUUUAGAACCCUUGGAUUCGGACGUAGUUGUUUGCCCAUUGUCGAGUUCAUUUGUCCCUAGAGACAAAGUAACUCUGUUAGGGUUUUUUUGAUCUGCUAAUUUGCUGGCGGAAUCAGGCGGUGGAUGGUUAUCAACAACCUUGUCAGAUUGAAGAAGCAACCCAUUGCUAAUUUUUAAGCAUUAUGAGUGGUGUUCCAAAGAGGUUGCACGAGGAGGGUGGGCAUUCUACACCUCUAAAACGACCACAUGAAGAACUUGUCAUUUAUUCCUCUUCGUCUGGAAAACCCAGCCAAUCAGUUGGUAAUGAAUUUCACCACCCUCUUGACCAUGGACAGGAAGGAAGAGUAGCAAAAGCUCAACGUUUAGAAUCCCGCGACGUUGAUAAAAGAUCAUCUCUGCUGCAUCGGAUGCCUUCCGCAUCUAUUAGCUCAUUUGACCAUUCAAUAACAUCUGAAAACAGAUUAGAUUUAAAGCGAGACGUUAAGAGCGAAGGUUGGGAAGACAAAGAACAUAGAAUGGAUAGAGGUGAUUUUAGAAAUGAAACAAAAUUUGAGAAAGACUAUGUUGUAACUAAUGUUCAUUUGAAUUGGAAAGAUAGUAAAGAACAUCACAGGAGUAGAAAAUCUGCUACUGAAGGUUUGUUUUCAUGGUCUUGUUCUCGGAGUGGUUUACAAAGUGCUAAUGAACUUACAAAGGAUCUGAUAACAGCUGAGGAGCGCUCUGUUGAAACACUCGACACAAUUGGAGAUAACAAAAUAGAUCAGAAAGUUGAAGAAAAAUUCAGAGAUAAGGACAGGAAAACAAAGGAAAGAGAAAUUGGUGAAAAGGACAAGGAUAAAAAUGAUUUUCAGAACAAUAUACAGCUUGGUGGUGCUAGUGAUGAACGUAAAGAUCUGCUGAGAGAAGAGAGAGACAUUGAAAAAUGGGAAAGGGAGAGGAAAGAUUUGCAGAAAGAUAAAGAAUGGAAUUUGAAGGAUACUUUGAAGAGAGAAUCAUCAACUGUAAAUGAAAAGGAUAAUUUUCAAGCUGAAAAGGAGUUCAUGGAUGGUUCUGUCAGAAGCUUUGAGCAGGAUAACACUACCUCUGAACCUAAGAGAGGAAAAGUUGAUAGCUGGAAAAUUCAUGAUAAGGACAUGAAAGAGAAAAAAAGAGAAGGGAAUGGAGAACUUGGAGAGAGACAGGAACAACGUGGUAAGCAUCAUGACAAGGAAGGAAAUGAUAAUUUUGCGGAAGGAGAUGGGACUACAGAGAAAGAGAAGGAAACUUUUGGUGGUCCUCAACAGCGUCGGAGACUGCGGUCGAGAGGAACUCCUCAAACACCUCAACGUGAAGCUCGUCCUCGAUCCAGAGCACGUGACACUGAGGGAUCUCAAGGAAAAUCUGAGGCUUCUGCAAUAGUCUAUAAAGCUGGUGAAUGUAUGCAGGAACUUAUGAAGUCUUGGAAGGAAUUUAAAGCAUCUCAGGAUGUACAAAAUGACAACAUCUUGCAAGAUGGCCCAACUCUAGAAAUUCGUAUACCUGCAGAAUAUAUAACUUCCACAAACCGACAAGUGAAAGGUGCUCAACUUUGGGGUACAGAUAUAUACACAAAUGAUUCAGAUCUAGUCGCUGUUCUAAUGCACACUGGUUAUAUCUCCACAUCAUCUCGUCCACCACCUGGCAUUCAAGAGUUACGUGUAACAGUUCGAGUUCUACAAUCACAAGAAUGUUAUACCUCAACUUUACGAAACAAUGUACGUUCACGGGCUUGGGGGGCAGGAAUUGAUUGUAGUUUUCGUGUUGAGCAUUGCUGCAUUGUGAAGAAAUGUGGUGGGACAAUUGAUCUGGAACCUCGGCUUACAUAUACAUCAGCAGUGGAGCCAACGAUAGCUCCAAUAUCAGUUGAGCGUACAAUGACGACAAGAGCUGCAGCUUCGAAUGCUUUACGUCAUCAAAGAUUUGUUCGUGAAGUUACCAUUCAGUACAAUCUUUGCAAUGAACCAUGGCUGAAAUACACAAUUAAUAUUGUUGCUGAUAAGGGUCUCAAGAAACCUCUUUAUACUUCUGCACGACUAAAGAAAGGAGAAGUAUUAUAUUUGGAGACACAUUUCAACAGAUAUGAGCUUUGUUUUAAUGGAGAGAAGGCCAUUCCAUCCACUUCUCAAGCAACAGAUUUGGAGCAUGAGAAACUACAAAACCAUGGUUUGCAUGCUUCAAAUGGAGAUAGAAAUUCCACAGAUCGUGAAACUGUUAUUGAUGUCUUCAAGUGGUCCCGCUGUAAAACACCAUUGCCUGAGAAGCUUAUGAGGUCAGCAGGAAUACCCUUACCAGGGGAACAUCUAGAGAUAUUGUAUGAUAGCUUGGAUUGGGAGGAUAUCCAGUGGUCACAGACUGGAGUUUGGGUGGCUGGCAAGGAGUAUCCGCUUGCUCGAGUACAUUUUCUAUCUCCAAAUUAGUAGUGCAUUAUAUGAUAUAACUAGAAUUCUUUGUAACAAGUAGUGCAUGCAUGUAUGUUUAUAUUGCCUAGUGCCCUACCCCUUUGGUAGCUGCAACUGUACCUCCACUGGCAAUUUAAAUUUACGUAUCACCAAGUGUUUGUGUUCUCCCUAACACAUAUGCUACUUAUUUUUGAAUCGAUGAAUUAUUUUUACUAGAUU